AUAAAUAAACAGAAUAAAACAGAGGUUGCUCUACCUGUCCGCCUGCCUCACUGCUGCUGGAGUCUCACCAGGACUGUCCUGCCACAUCCAGACUCCUCAUCAUCACCUGUGGAUUUCAUACAAACAGGUCCACUCCUUGGAGCCUCUUCAAUCUCCCUCCACCCUCAUCUCCCACUACCCCUGACCCUACAACCCCUUUGCUGUGUGAUCCUCUUUUUUUGUCCAACCACGUCUGCGGAGUGGGUGCCAGCUCCCUCCCCCAGGGGUGGGAACGAGGAGCUAGGGGAUGGACUCGACAAACCCCUGGAGAAUGAUGCAGAGGGUGUGUGGAGCCCUGACAUUGAGCAGAGCUUCCAAGAGGCCCUGGCCAUCUACCCCCCCUGCGGCCGUAGGAAGAUCAUCCUCUCUGAUGAGGGCAAGAUGUACGGACGAAAUGAAUUGAUUGCACGGUACAUCAAACUUCGCACAGGGAAGACACGGACCAGGAAGCAGGUGUCCAGUCACAUCCAGGUUCUAGCACGACGGAAAGCCAGAGAGAUCCAGGUGAAGCUGAAGGACCAGGCUGCCAAAGACAAAGCUCUGCAGAGUAUGGCCACCAUGUCCUCAGCCCAGAUCAUCUCACCCACAGCCUUCCCGAACAAGAUGGCUCUCCAGGGCCUGUCUAGACCAGCUUAUCCCACUACCGGUGGGUUUUGGCACGGGGCACUUACAGGACAGCCAGGAGGCCAUGAAGACAUUAAGCCCUUCUCCCAACAGAGUUAUGCCAUACAAGCAUCCGGCCCGGCCCCCUUAACAGGUUAUGAAAGCACCGCAGGGCUGUCUAUGUCUCCUGGUGCCCCCCCUUGGCUGGGUAGAAGUAUUGCCAGCUCCAAGCUGCGAAUGCUGGAGUUCUCUGCCUUCCUGGAGCAACCUCAAGACCCAGAGACUUUCAACAAGCACCUGUUUGUGCAUAUUGGCCAGUCUAACCCGAGCUACAGUGAUCCCUAUUUGGAGUCAGUGGACAUCAGGCAGAUCUACGACAAGUUCCCAGAGAAGAAAGGAGGCUUGAAUGAACUUUUUGACAAAGGCCCACACAAUGCUUUCUUUCUCGUCAAGUUUUGGGCGGACCUUAGUGUAAACCUGCAGGAUGACAGCAGCUUCUUUUAUGGUGUUUCCAGUCAGUAUGAGAGCUCUGAAAACAUGAUUAUCACCUCAUCCACCAAAGUCUGCUCCUUUGGCAAGCAGGUGGUGGAGAAAGUGGAGACGGAGUAUGCACGUUUUGAGAAUGGGCGCUAUGUGUUUCGGAUCCACCGUUCCCCGUUAUGUGAAUACAUGAUCAACUUCAUCCACAAACUUAAACACCUGCCAGAGAAAUACAUGAUGAACAGCGUACUGGAAAACUUCACGAUCCUACAGGUGGUGACUAACAGGGACACACUGGAGACCCUGCUGUGCAUAGCCUAUGUCUUUGAGGUGUCCACUAGUGAGCACGGUGCGCAGCAUCAUAUUUACAGGCUAGUCAAAGACUGACACAGUCACACAGUUGGAACUUAUCUGCUCUAGAACCAUUGUAGCAACUCAAUGAGCAACAACACUAAAACAAUGGACUACUUGCUCCGUGAGCUUAAAGCUGAAACUAUACAACUCAGUCAGGAGCCCAGAGAAAUACUGGCUUUGUCAACAUGCCCAGGAACACUACUACUGCUGAGGGAGAGGUGGAUUUGGGACUGUGGAAGCUGAAACAGGCUUUAGAUGAAAAGUAACAAGAAAGAAGAGGACCAUGAUACAGUAGAUACACUGUGGUCGCUAUACCAAAGGAGCCAAACCUAGCCAAGAAGACCUGCAUGAGAGAGUUGUCAGUUGUGGUGUUUCCCACUCAUUUUACUAGUGCUUGUUUUUGAUUUAGAUUCUUUUACAUGUGCAUGUGCAGGAGAUGUUUGCUACAGAGAAGCGUGGCUACUUCAGGGUGCUGCCUUGUGACUUAAAUAUGAAUUACAAUGGGAAAAAGGAACUGAAAGUAGACAAAGAAUCUCUCCUUUGCACAUCUAUAAAGUAUCACUGUUUUCUGGUGCCAAUCUUUUGUAUUAUUUGAGCAAUUAUGUACAGUGCCACAUCCAUCUCUUCUAAACAGAGUUAUGGAAAUAAGAGGCUAAGAUGAUUAUUGUAUUCACUUUGUUUGAUGUUUAAUGUUAUAUGUUCCCUGUAUUGUCUUACUGUUUUUGAUGGAAAACUAUCUGACUACACCAAAAGGCACGUAAUAACACUGCUAACUUGAAUCAGAUUUGGAUCUGUAAGCUGAUUACAAAAGUUACCUGUAACUGUUACUUGGCCUGAAGUGUCAGAUGAAAAUA